GUUAUAGUUGAAGAGUUGCCUAGAAUGUGGAAAAGACUGGCUGUUUUGGCUCGGAAAGCCUAUUUAUUUCAGAUUUUCGUUUUAAAUUUAUUUAUGGUUUGUAAUAAUUGUAAUGAAUGAUGUAUUAAGAACACGGGGCUGCAUUUAAUCAAGAGUGGGAAAAUUUAUGUGCUAUGUGUUUCUUUUUCAAUUUGUAUUUCUUCUCUUUUAGUUGUUCGAUUUUCUCCUGUUUCCAUCCCUCUCUCCCUAUCUCUGUCCAUAUCGCUCACCUGAAUCAUGUCUUCCUGCAGGGAAGCCUUUACAGAGGUCAGUCACGGAGAGAGAAACCUAGAGGACGUAAUCAGGGGUUAACUCAACAGAAAAGACAAGAAAUAAGAGAGGCUUUUGAGCUUUUUGAUACAGACAACUCUGGAACCAUUGAUGCCAAAGAGCUCAAUGUUGCUAUGAGGGCUCUGGGUUUUGAAGCAACUGAAGAGGAGAUCAAUCGAAUGAUUGCAGAAGUUGAUAAGGAUGGCAGUGGUGCAAUUGAUUUUGAUGAAUUUGUGCACAUGAUGACUGCCAAGUUUGGAUAA